AUGGCCGACCUUCGCACAUAUGUGUCUGACCACUUGCUCAAGCUGGUCGGCGGCAGCGAGGACAUGAUAGUGGAUUUCGUGCUGUCCACUGCGAAAACGGCCAAGUCGUCGUCGCACUUGGCAGACAAGCUACGAGGCAUGCUGGACUCCAACGAUACUGAUCUGAAGCGCUUCGCUGAUGGACUGUAUGCUCAGAUCCCCCAGUCCAAUGGCCAGUCUCUGCCGAAACGAGAAAAGCCGAAGGAAUCGCGGAAGAAGUAUGCCAUGGUCGAGAUGGAAGUGGAAGAGGAAGCUCCGCGAGAGACCGAGAAGAAGGAAAGCAGGGAGAAGAAGUCGAAGCAUACAUCCGAUCGGGAGAGGCGAAGAUCUCGGAGCAGAGAAAGGCAUCGUGAAAAGAAGUCAAGAAGGCGCGAUGGAGACUUCGAUGAUCGCUGGGGCGAUGCUGAGGAGGAUGAGGCAGAAGAAGAAUUUCCCUCUCCGCCCGCAAAACGAACCAGAUUUGAUGAGCCCUCCCGAUCGCCGCGCCGAGACAGCCCUGAUCGCAAGUCUGAGCCGGAAGAGGACGAAGAAGAACGAGAUCGAAAGGAGCGCAAAGCUUUUGAGGAGCGAUUGAGGAAUAAAGAUGCUGGCAAUACCAAGAAGAUCACCGAAGAUCGUUCGUCGAAGCGCGAGGCAGAGGAUGAAAAGCGUAGAGCACAGGCUGGGAAGCUUUCAGAAGCCGAGAUGAAGGCGCUGCGAUUGCGGUCAAGACAGGACUACCUCAAGAAGCGGUCCACACAGGAAUUGGCUCUCUUACGGAAGCAGGUCGCAGACGAAGCUGAAGAGGAGCGUACUAACCCUGGCCUGACACAGGAAGAGCGCGAUGAAUUCGCUCGCAAUCGAGAAGCUCUUCGUCUGGCCGAAGCGCGAGAGAACAUCGAUGACCAUCACGAUGGAUAUGCCAUGCCGGAAGACUACAUCACGGAGAAGGGCAAGAUGGACAUGAAGCGGAAAGAAGAAGCACUCUACAGUCGUUACGUGGACAGAGAUGCUCAAGGGCGGGAGCGGUACGUGACUGAACAUGAGGAAUGGGAGCGAGAACAGCUCGCCAAGACGAAAGCCCAAAUAGUCGUGGCAGAUCGGAUCAACGAGGCCGAAUACGAGUAUGUCUUCGAUGAGGAACAGCAGCUGAAAUGGGUCACCGAUGCGGCCAUGAAAGGUGGUCUGAGUGACAUGAAAACAGCUGAAGAGCGCAUGUUGGCCCAGCAAAUGCUUGCUGCUGAACGAAAGGCCAAGACCAUCGAGGAGAAGCGCAAAACGUUACCUGUCUACCAGUAUCGCGACGUCUUUUUGAAGGCUGUCAAAGACUUCCAGAUCGUCAUCAUUGUCGGAGAGACUGGUUCCGGUAAGACGACCCAGCUACCACAAUACCUCUACGAAGCUGGCUACUGCGAGAAUGGGAUGAAAGUCGGUUGCACUCAGCCGAGACGUGUCGCCGCAAUGAGCGUUGCUGCACGUGUGGCGGAGGAAGUCGGUGUGAAGCUGGGCCAUGAAGUCGGAUAUGCUAUUCGUUUCGAGGACGCAACCUCUGAGAAAACGAAGCUGAAGUAUAUGACGGAUGGUAUGCUACUCAGAGAGUUCUUGACUGAACCGGAUCUGGGUGGCUAUAGUGCUCUCAUGAUUGACGAAGCCCACGAGCGGACUCUGCAUACUGAUAUUCUCUUUGGUCUCGUCAAAGAUAUCGCUCGUGGACGACCAGACCUUAAGCUUUUGAUCUCAUCCGCCACGCUUGACGCUCAGAAAUUCAGUGAGUUCUUCGAUGAUGCACCAAUUCUCAACAUUCCCGGACGAACUUACGAUGUCGAAAUGAAUUACUCCCUCCAACCCGAGGCCAACUACCUCUCAGCCGCCAUCACGACCGUCUUCCAGAUUCAUCUAUCUCAGCCAAUGCCGGGAGACAUCCUUGUCUUCUUGACCGGGCAGGAUGAAAUUGAGCAGGCGGAGCAGUCGCUCCAAGAGACAGCUCGAAAGCUUGGCAGCGCUGCGCCAGAACUGAUGAUCUGUCCCAUCUACGCCAACCUUCCUACUGAUCUGCAACAAAAGAUUUUCGAUCCAACGCCGCCUAAAGUGCGUAAGGUCGUCCUUGCCACGAACAUUGCCGAAACAAGUUUGACCAUCGACAACAUUGUAUAUGUCAUUGAUCCUGGCUACGUCAAGGAGAAUCGAUACACUGCAGCCACCAAUAUGGAGUCUCUCGUGGCAGUGCCCAUCUCGCGUGCGUCUGCAAACCAGCGUGCUGGACGAGCAGGUCGAACGCAACCCGGCAAAUGUUUCCGCCUAUACACCAAAUGGGCCUACUACAACGAUCUGCCCGAGAGUACGACACCCGAAAUUCAGAGGACAAAUCUAAACAGCAUCGUACUCAUGCUCAAAUCCCUCGGCAUCAACGACCUGAUCAACUUCGAUUUUAUGGAUCCACCGGCACCCGACAUGCUCAUCAAAUCACUCGAGCAGCUUUAUGCUCUCGGCGCCUUGAACGAUAAAGGCGAACUGACCAAGAUCGGUCGUCAAAUGGCCGAAUUCCCCACAGACCCCAUGCUCGCCAAAGCAGUCCUCGCCGCAGACAAGGAAGGCUGCGUAGAAGAAGUCCUCUCAAUCAUCGCCAUGCUCGGCGAAGCCUCCGCCCUCUUCUACCGCCCCAAAGACAAAAAACUCCAAGCCGACGCCGCACGCGCCCGCUUCACCUCCAAAGAAGGCGGCGACCACAUCUCAUACCUCAACAUCUGGAACCAAUGGGUCGACUCCGAUUUCAGCUACGUCUGGGCCAAAGAAAACUUCCUCCAACAGCGCUCCCUCACCCGCGCCCGCGACGUCCGCGACCAACUCGCCAAACUCUGCGACCGCGUCGAAGUCACCCUCUCCACCUGCGGCGCCUCAAACCUUCCCCCCAUCCAACGCUCCAUCACCGCCGGCUUCUUCCCGAACGCCGCACGCUUACAACGCGGAGGCGACAGCUAUCGCACGGUCAAGAAUAAUUUGACAGUCCAUAUCCAUCCUAGCUCCGUACUUAUGGAUGUACGACCGAAAUGGGUCAUCUUUUAUGAGUUGGUUUUGACGAGUAAGGAGUUUAUGCGGAGUGUUAUGCCUUUGCAACCUGAAUGGUUAAUGGAGGUUGCGCCGCAUUAUUAUAAAAGACAGGAUGUUGAGGCGCUUGGUGGGGUUGAGAAGAAUGUGGCGAAGAUUGAGGAGAGGAAGAGGUAG